GCCUGAGCUCUCUUCCUCCCUGCCUCAUUCAUUCACGCGCGGGGCUGAGGGCUGGAGCCAGCAGCCGUGGGGACGGCGCAGCCGCCGAGUUCCCAAUGAUUCACUCGGCUUAUCGGUGCCUGGUGGCUGGCUUGUUCCUCUGGAUUCGGUGUGUGGGUGCAGCCUGGCCUUGCCUUGAGGAGGCGUGUGCGUGCGUGUGAGCGUGUGUGUAGGGGGCAAACCAUGGAUCUGUGGAUAUAAACAACAAAGCCUGCCCAGCAAACUCAUCCUCUCUGUGUCCCUCAUGAAAAUCCAGCUCUGAUUUCAAGGGUGGUCGGUCUCCUCGGGAUGCUCCCAUGCUUUCUCCUCGCUCUCUUUGAAAGGCAAGAGAAUGUCCUCGAUGUUUGGCAAGCCACGGGCCGCCCCCAGCACCACUGACCGUCACCUCCCCAGCCUGCUGCCUGAGUGCAACGUGGCGAUCUUAGGAUGCAGAGGAUCCGGCAAAUCAGCACUGACUGUGAAGUUUCUAACCAAGAGGUUUAUAAGUGAAUAUGAUCCCAAUUUGGAGGACACCUACACAUCAGAAGAAACUGUGGACCAGCAGCCAGUGCUGAUGAAAGUGAUGGACACAGCUGACCAGGACGUACCGGUGAACUGCGAACGCUAUCUCAACUGGGCCAAUGCCUUCAUGGUCGUCUACAGCAUUGACAACAAAAGGAGCUUUGAAGGUUGCCAGCAGUACCUGGAUACCAUUUCCCUCCACACGAAAGGCAUUCAGCACGAUUAUCCCAUCCUCCUGCUGGGAAAUAAGCUAGAUUUGGAGCAAUACAGACAGGUCACCAAGGCCGAAGGGGUGUCUCUAGCUGCCAAGCACGGGUGCUUGUUUUACGAGGUCUCUGCCUGCCUGGAGUUCGAGGCUGUGCAGCACGUGUUCCAUGAAGCGGCGCGGGAAGUGAGGAGGGAGAUGGAGAGGAACCUGCAGGUCCGACCGCUGUUCAUCACAGAGGAGAGGCCCUUCCUCCACCUUGCUGCCCCGACUGCCGUGGCCUCCAAGCAUGGCCUGGCUAGCUGCACGCUCAACACUCUCUCCACGGUCAACUACAAAGAGAUUCCCUCCGUGGCACAAGCCAAGCUGGUCACGGUGAAGUCGUCACGGGCUCAAAGCAAGAGGAAAGCUCCCACGUUGACCUUACUGAAGGGCUUUAAAAUAUUUUAAGCCUUGGCCCCUCCAAGGGAUGGGAAAGGAGCAGCCACUGGAUUUCCUGGCAUCCCAAGGAACCUUCUCCAACUUCUGCAGUGGCAUAUUUGACAAUCUCCAUGGCAACAGUGGCUUACAGACCAUCUUCCGUGAUUUAUUGACACUGCACUUGGCCUUAGAACUACAGCAAAGCACUUUGGUAGGGAUGCAGCGAACAGGCCGGGGAUUGAGUGCAGAAGAGUUUGAAACUUUGUCAUAACAUCCUUCUAAAUCACUGACUAUUUGUCCAGUCCCUGUAGCUCAGUAUUGACAUGAUAUUUGCACAUUAGUCCUAGCAUUGGCACUGGGUGUUCAUAGAGCUUUUUGUUAUAACAGAAGCAGGACAGAGAGAGGGAGAGAUGAAGCCUAUGUUCUAUUCGUCACGUCAGCGGGAUGAGAGGCUGAAUGUCCUCGCCCUGUGCGUAGGGUAAAAAUAAACUUGACAUUGUUCUCCCAAGAGGCCAGAUCCUCUGCUUAUACAUGUGUAUCACCACUUCUUGAAAAAUCAGCUCCCAUAAAUGCGCACUAGCUGCUUAGACAAGGGGUGUGGCCCAUGUAAUAACUGAGUCCAGAGUAUCUAAAUGCAGUGAUCAUGUAAAGGGCACAAACGUAAUGCCCAGUUUGGUACCCAGUAGUGGGAAUAUUUGGUGGAGCUGGUUGGAAUAUACGACUUCAUCAGAGCCAGGAUAGUUUGUGAAGACGUAUUGGUUUUCACCAAACUUUUGUCAGGAAGUUUUUAGACAGAGAGAGAGAGAAAGUGGCUGAGUGGCUCAGUCAUUCAGCUGGCCUGUGGGAGAGCAGGUGAGUUGUCAGUGCACUGUCCUGGGAUGAGGGAGGCCGGGGUGAAAGUUCCUGCUUCUGGCUGAUUCACAGCAGAGUUUUCUUCCCAGAUCACUUUGACUCUGGCAGACCAGGGACAUGAACCCAGGUCUCUCUCAUCCCAGGGGCCUCUUUCUCUUUGCAACCUCGAAAGUUACCAUGACGUGGAAUUGAUGUACUCCGGACAAGCUGUAGUAUUUAGCUCAUGUUGUCAGUGCUGAAGAUCUGCAGGGUGAAGGCAUAAUGUCUGAUGAAUCCGGAUCGAAGGUGGUCAGAGAUACAUGUCGAAGAUAAGGUUGUUUGGGGUACCUUGACUCUGAAUUUCCAUACCUUCCAACUUUAGGGUUUUUGUAGUGUUUUUUAAAGGGUUUCUGUAACUGAAAAUUUCCUAGAUUUCCAGUGUUUGUUAAAAUGUCAGUGUUCUUCUAAGGUUCUGUCCCCUAAAAUGACUAAUAUGUAUUUACAGCCCUAACUGGAUUGGUCUGCAAAUCCAGAGUUUGUAUCCUGUGCGACUCCCAUUGAAAUCAAUGGAAAAACUCCCCUUCACUUCCAUGGGAGCAGGAACAGGUCCAUUGGUUAGAGAUCUACAAAUCCCAUUUCAGGUAACUUGCUACAGCGCGUGUGCAGAUGAAAGUCCUUAUUGCUAGUAUUAUGUUCAGCGAAAGCUAGCAAAAUGUUGACACAAAGUGCUUCAAGGCCAAUAUGUUUCAUUUAAUGACCACAGAGCCCCCCCUAGUGGAAUGUUAGCACACUGCAGCUGGUAUGGACAACAGCAACUAGAAUCCAGAAACGUACAAAGGGUGGAGUCUAGUCUAUAAAUUUCAGAGUAACAGCCGAAGAAGUGGGCUGUAGUCCACGAAAGCUUAUGCUCUAAGAAAUUUGUUAGUCUCUAAGGUGCCACAAGUACUCCUGUUAGUCUAUAAAUGUAUAUUGCCCAUCCAGUGACACAUUGAUUUAAAUAAUUCAAACAAAGCUGAUGGCAUGCAUAGCAAAUCAAAUCAGCAGUGUUUGCAUUUUGCUGUUUAAGCAAUAAGCAAGGUGAGGUUUUUAAAUGAAAUGAAAAAACAUUGCAAAUAUAAUUGCAGCAGAAUAAACACUUCCAGGUAUAUAAAAACAAUGCCUACGCAUUGAAAUAACUUGUACCAAAAAUAUAUUUUGUAAUUUUUUUUUACAAUGCAAUGUUCCUUUUCAAAGACUUUGCCAAUGGAAUAGUCCUUUAUUGGGUGGAUUUAAACAAAAUUGUUUGUGUAUAAGAUUGAUAUAUUUUCCAUUUUUCUUAAAUUAUUUGUGGGUGUCUCCAUUCCAUGCUCUCGGUGGAGAAUGCUCAAUAACACUCAACCAAGGGCAAAAUUCACAAUGAACAGGCCAUUUUCCUUAAGAAAGGUUAUGUACUUUAUUUUCCUUUUUGUACCUGGUUUGGGGACAGUAACUGCUCUGCUUCUGUAUGGAGUUGCACUUCUCUGCAGAGUAAAGUCAUGUAUCUAUAAUUACUCAAUUUCAAUCAACUACUUUGGAAAAUAUUUUAAUAAAGGCGACUUUUGACAAAGCA